AUGGCCUUUCUCUGGCUCCUCUCCUGCUUUGCCUUCGUGGGGGCCGCCUUCGGCUGCGGGGUCCCUGCCAUCGACCCUGUGCUGAGCGGCCUGUCCAGGAUCGUCAACGGGGAGGACGCUGUCCCCGGCUCCUGGCCCUGGCAGGUGUCCCUGCAGGACAGCACCGGCUUCCACUUCUGCGGGGGCUCCCUCAUCAGCGAGGACUGGGUGGUCACUGCCGCCCACUGUGGCGUCAGAACCUCUGACCUGGUGGUGGCCGGGGGGUUUGACCAGGGCUUAGACGCCGAGAACAUCCAGGUCCUGAAGAUUGCCGAGGUUUUCAAGAACCCCAAGUUCAGCAUGCUCACCGUCCAGAACGACAUCGCCCUGCUGAAGCUGGCCACGCCCGCGUGCUUCUCCGGGGCCGUGUCCGCCGUGUCUCCCAGCGCCAACGCCAGCUUCCCUGUGGGCUCCCUGUGCGCCACCACGGGCUGGGGCAAGACCCGGUACAACGCUCUCAAGACCCCCGACAAGCUGCAGCAGGCGACCCUGCCCGUCGUGUCCAACGCCGACUGCAAGCAGUACUGGGGCAGCAAGAUCACCAACGUGAUGAUCUGUGCGGGCGCCAGCGGCGUCUCCUCCUGCAUGGGCGACUCUGGUGGCCCCCUGGUCUGCCAGAAGGAUGGGGCCUGGACCCUGGUGGGCAUCGUGUCCUGGGGCAGCGGCCGCUGUGGCCCGUUCUCACCAGGCGUGUACACCCGUGUUACUGCACUCGUCCCCUGGGUGCAGCGGAUCCUGGCCGCCAUCCCAACCCUGAGACUAGCGGACACGGUGAUGAGCUGCCCAGACCCCCUCCAGCGCUGA